AUGGCAUCGCAGACCAACUCCAGCAUCGCUAUGGCUCUUGCUGGCAAGACCGCCUCUGUUGACAUCCCCAAGCCCCGGUCGGGCGUCCCAAGCAAGGCCUCGUCGCGCCCUGGCCAACCGGCCAUGCUUCCGACGCCACCCAACUCCAUCUCACCCACUCUUCCCCCACAUGCCUUCAAACAUCGCGCCGCGCUGUCACCCGGCUCGCCUCUGUCGACGGUACCGCAGCUGGACUCGGAUAUCGACCUAGAGGACGCGGUCGAACAUGCCAUCAGUCAGAACCAGCCGCAGCCGGCCCAUGAGCUCGACAGCGCCGGUGCCAUCACCCCGGCCAUGCUGGCGCGUUACCAUCUUCCCGAGAUCUUGCUAUCGCAGGGUCCUCUGGCCAUCCGUCAUGUCAUGGGCCACCUGACAACCUCUGUCCCGGGGUUCUCGGGGAUCCCCCCUGCCAAAGCACGGCGUCUGGUUGUCGCGGCGCUCGAAGGCCGCGGAAAUGGCGGCGAGGCUGGUGGAAAGAAUGGCGAUGUGAUCUUUGAGAAAAUCGGCUGGGGACGUUGGGAUGCGCGUCGUCGUGGGGAUUCUCCACGUGAACGCUCUGUUGUAGGCUCUUUCCAGCAACGUGGAUUGCAAAUCGAAGGUCGUGAUAACGAUCGUCGGUAUUCAUAUGCCACCGGCAUGGACUCUGCCGCCUUCUCUUACACCGAGGACUACCUACCUGGAGACCUUGACAUGCUUGAACACGAAGCCGAUAAGAUGUCUUUGGACGGCGAAGACGGACUGGAGUACUGCUCCUCCUCCGAAGUUCCAGAUGAGAUGCAAGAAGACGAUGAAGGCACUGACACAGACGAGGAAGACUGGGCUCAGAUCGGUGCGGAUGCCCUGCGCGCCCGCUCGUUCAAUGGGGGUGGCGGUAGCGGUCCUUUCGUUCGCAGCAAUGUUGCUGCUCGAGCGAAGCCUCUUCCUGCUGGGUUCUUCGGCGCCGGACCCACUCCCGACGCGAAACCGCCCCGCACUUUUGACACUCAGGAACGCGCCGCGGUAGAGGCGCUACUCCGCUUGGGCUCCAUGUAA